AUAACUUGAAUAAACCCUUAGCGGUGCAUACUUGAUAAAUUAAGAAACAAUAAACGAGCGGUCUUGAUAAAUUUUUUUCCGAUUCAAAGACACAAGUGACUGUGAUAAAUCGUGCCAGUUUUCUGGAAUUGUGAUCUUUUUGUCAGAGUGGUAUUAUUGAGACGACGUGAAUUAUGGAGUUGAGAUAUGGAAUGAGAAAAGGAUUAGUAUCCCUAAUGGCAAUUGGCUUGCUUAUGGUUUGUACUUCAACUCUGAUGUUCGUACAUAAUCCACUUCAAACUAUAGUAAAAUUGUUUUUAACUUUGUCAGACGGCAGCAUAUUUUAUAAACUGUGGUCAGCACCACCAUAUGUCAUCUAUUUGAAAAUUUAUGCCUUCAACAUAACAAAUUCGAAAGAGUUUAUGGCAGGCAAAGAAAAAAUGAACGUAUCCCAAAUAGGUCCGUACGUUUAUAGAGAAAUUUUAACUAACGAAAAUGCAACCUUCAACUACGAAGAUGGUACUGUCACGUACAACCCUCAUAGAGAAAUUAUUUUCGCUCCAGAAAAAUCUGUUGGUGAUCCAAAAGAUGCUUUUAUGAUGACAACGAAUAUUCCAUUAGUGGGUCUCCAAUCCUACAUUCAAGACAUGUCCUUCUUCACCAAUCUGGGAUUCGCAACAGUAGCCAGAACCCUAGGCUCAAAACCCAUAAUGAACAUCAGUGUCCACGAAUACAUGUGGGGCUACCACGACCCGCUCAUCAACUAUGCCAAUAAGUUACUACCCAAAUGGAUCGAUUUUGAUAAUUUCGGAAUAUUUGCUAGACUCAUGAGUCGUGACAAUGGUAAUACUGUAACCAUCGUCAGGGACCCUGCAAAGUUCCAUUCCGAAACUGAUUAUCUUUUGACAGAAGCCGAAAGAAUGAAUCAGUACCACGUAGCCAGCUGGAACGGAUUAGCAGGCCUUAAGGAUUGGGGCUAUGAAAACCUUGCUCCAGAAGAUAUUAAAAAGUGCGAUUUAGUUGAAGGUGCUUUUGAUGGAACAAUUUUUCCUAGGAAUAUGCCAGUGAAUAAAACUUUGAAAUUAUUCAGAAAGGCUUUCUGUCGUCCAGUUAAUCUACAUUUUGUUAGAGAUACUGUAGGCAAAGAAGGUUUCAGACAGUACGAAUACAAACUUGCUGACGAUAUGUUUGACGUUACAGAGGAAAACGAAUGCUUUUGCUAUAAGAACAAAUGCGUGAAAGGCUUCCAGAGCAUUGCGCCUUGUUACUAUGGCAUUCCUAUAACUCUAUCACAGCCUCAUUUUUAUAACGCUGAUCCGGAAAUGCUCAAAACCAUUAAUGGAUUAAAUCCAAAUAUAGAAGAGCACGGAAGUCUUUGCGCUAUUCAACCAGAUAUUGGUGCACCUUUAAGUGGGAAAAUGCGGAUACAAAUCAAUUUGGAUGUAGGGAAAACUAGAGGAAAUUCACAAACUCAAAAAUUCAACAAUUUACAAGUUCCAUUGUUUUGGGUUGAAAUUACUACGGAAGAAUUACCGACAAUAGUCACGAUAUUAUUAUAUUUAGUUUGUAAAAUUUUACCAGUGGCAUUGGAAAUUGUUAAAUAUUUGUUAGGUUUGGGUGGGCUAGCGUUAAUAUCAUGUUCAGCCCUAUAUGCUUUGUUAAAGUUUAGGGUUCGGAUUGGUAGUAUAAGUAACGCGGAGUAUUCACCUAUUCCCAUUAUUCCUCUGACCGCGGAAUUUUUGGAUAAAUGCGAAAGAAGAUUUUCGUUGAGAUGAAAUAUAUUUAUAUAGGAAUAAUUUAUGUCAAUUGCCUGAAACGACUCAGUUUUUGAUUAUGUCAUGGUUAAUUUUAAAUCUCUGAUGGGGUAAACACUGAACAUUUAUUUUCCUUUUAAAAAACUGAUGAACAUUCCUUUUUAAAAUUGUUUUAUAAACUUGAUUGAAUUUACUUAACUUAUUUUUAAGUAAAACUAAUCCAGGCUCAGAUUUUUCAGUCGUCCAACUAUAAUAACUAAAGUGUGACUGAAAAAUUCUGUAAUUUAUCUUCUAAUUGUGUUAAACAUUUUCUGGUGAAGGCAUUUUUGUUUGUAAAACUAUUCUAAUCCAGAAAAAAAAGGGUAUUUAUUUAAGGUAAUAUCCCAUGGUCGAAAAGUGAUUGCAAACUAUUUAUAAUGAAACUUGCCAAUCCUAAGUGAUAGUCGUUUUUAGUGAUAAUUUUAUUUUUGGGUGAAAUAACUUUUAGAUAUUUUUUUGAACAGCAAUAAGUGCAAAUAAUAAGAAAAUGAAACAAGCUACUUUUUCAUAUUUCUUUUUUAAAUUGCUGUUUUGUAAAUAGAGACUGAUUUAAAUAAAUUUUAUUUAUAAUUUAUGAUUAUUACGUUUCCUUGUAAAUAAAUUUUAGUUAUUUGUUGUAGACGUUGAUAGUAGAUCUAGUAGUAGUAGCUAUUUUUAUAGUUAGUCUUAAGGUUUUUUUUUUUUUGGUUUGUCUUUAUAAGAUUUGUCUUUUUUAAUAAAGCAACUUAAUUUUAAUUGUAAAUUUUUUAUUUCAAAUGGUUAAAUUUUAAUUCCUUAAGUGCAUCAAGAAAAUCAUCAACCUACCUACUUAAUAAUUAAUUCUAAAUAACAUAAAUAACGUGUAUAAAAGCUAAUAAAUGAAUAAACAUAAAACAUUAAAUACAAGAAAAAAAAAUUCUAUAGUUUCUUGAGUGAAUCUAUUAAUAUGGACAUCUCAGAACCAAUAUUGCUAACCAAACGUUGAAUUUGGGGCUUGGAAUCCAAAACUUCAAUACUCUGCGUAUAAGCAUUGUACCUUACACCAAAAGGUCUUGGAAUUGUUGCUGCAUAUUUUCUACAAUAGCAAUUUAUUCAAAAACCUGUUAAAAUUUAAAUUGGGUAACUACUUACAUCAUUUUUUCUUUGGCGUCCUCAAAACUUUCAGCAACAAAAUAUAUGGGUUGGUAUUCUGUAAUUGGAUACUUUUGGAUUGCUGUUUUGGCAGGUUCAAAUGCUCUGUAUUCUGGCUUGUCUUCCAGACAAUACUGAAGUUCACCGUAUGAUGAUAAAAGUCCAGCUCCGUAAGCUUUUAGACCGUCAGGUUCUCGGCAAACGCCAAAUUCUACUGUGAACCAGAAACACUGAAACAAAAAUUCCCUAUUUCAUUCAUGAAUUAUUAUUAUCUUGUAGAUAAAUAUUUAUUUUAGUGAAAAGUAAUCAAAACUUCAUUAAUUUAUUACGAGCAAAUCCACUUGCUCGCUUUUAUCCAUGUAAAUUGAAAUUUAAUGAUUAUUUUACUCCGCCGUUAUCAAAGUUAGAUAUUCCUAAAGCCGCACUUUUGAAAAGUAAUUUUAUUCUCUUCCUGCCGCUAUAUAAAUUUCUAAGGAAUAAUGUUUGAAUAAGGGCCAUAAAUUCAACCUUAUUCUGGAAUUUUGUUUUUUUUUUUACCGUUGCCAGUUUCUCGAUAUAAUCAUCAGGAGCACCCAAUGAGGCCAAACCAAUUUCCUGGGAAAACUGUGCAAAAUCGGGAUCAGCAAACAAAGGUGCGUGUCCAAGAAGUUCGUGGCAUACAUCAGGUUCUGGAGUGUAGAACGGUUUACUUGGAUGUCUGAUGUAUUGAGUGGAAUGGAAUACUCGAAAUGCCAAUCCAGCUAGAAAAUCUCUGGACGAAAGUAGACCGGCUACUGGACGCA